AUGUCGGCAGAAAAACGGCCAGCCGAUGGCGAGCCGGGCUCGUCCCAGAUGCUCGUCAAGCGGCAAAACGUGGGCUCGUCCGAGGGCGCUCUUGCUCGGCUCAACGCGUCGAGCAACGCUCUCGUCCAGACGGUGGGUUCCACGGGGAUGCAUGGGUCGAGUCGGCGGAUGGUGACUGACGUCUCGCAGGCGCCGCGGACGAGCGGACUGCAGGCGCCCGUGAUGGAGCUCAGCGGACACUCGGGCGAGAUCUUUGCGGCCAAGUUCGACCCCGCCGGCACGCUCAUUGCCUCGGCCGGCAUGGACCGGAGCAUCAUGCUCUGGCGGACGUACGGCGACUGCGAAAAUUACGGACUGCUCAACGGCCACAAGGGCGCCAUCCUCGACCUGCAGUGGUCGCGCGACUCGGACGUGCUGUACACGGCGUCGGCCGACAUGCACCUCGCCAGCUGGGACUUGACGUCGGGGACGCGCAUUCGACGCUACGUCGGCCACGAGGAGAUGAUCAACACGGUCGACGUCAACCGCCGGGGCGAGGAGCUGCUGAUCAGCGGCAGCGACGACUCGACCAUCGGCAUCUGGGACCCGCGAAGCAAGAACGCCGUGGACUACAUCGAAACCGACUUUCCCAUCACGGCGGUUGCCAUCUCCCAAGCCGGCAACGAAAUCUACUCGGGCGGCAUCGACAACGACAUUCGGGUCUGGGAUGUCCGGAAGAAGUCGAUGGUCUACUCGAUGCUCGGGCACGCAGACACCAUCACGUCGCUCCGCGUCUCGCCCGACUCGCAGUCUCUCGUCUCGUACGCCAUGGACGGCACGGUCAAGACGUGGGACAUUCGGCCGUUUGCGCCGACGGAGAGGCUCAUCCGCACCUUUGACGGCGCGUCGGUGGGCAUCGAGAAGAACCUCGCAGGUGUCUCGUGGGACUCGGAAGGCAAGAGGAUCGCCGCCGGAUCCGGGGACGGAACGGUCAACGUCUGGUCGACGCACACGGGCAAGCUGGCGUACAAGCUUCCCGGUCACCGGGGCGCCGUGAACUGCGCCGAGUUUUCGCCCGGCAAGGAGCCGAUAAGGGGCCGUAGAAAGCGCGAGGUGCCCGAUCGGAGACUUGACGGCGGAGGCGCACCUGAUGGGCCAGGUGGGCGAAGGGGGGAGCCCGACGACACGACGACGACGACGACGACGACGGAGGACGUGCAAGAGGCAGGAUGA